AACAAGAAAUGGAGCUGGGGAGAUGAACACCUGGGUAACAGCCAAAUAAUUUUGUUAGUUAAAGAAAUGAGUCAAACAUCUCUGAAACAGAAAAGGAAGAAUGAUUCUGCAACAAAAUACUCAAAAGACAGUCUAGAAACAGAGAAAAGACGCGAUUCAGAGAAAUCAGUUCGUCUGAGCACACAGAUGAGGCGUGCAGUCAAUCCGAAUCACUGGCUGAGAUGUUGCCCCAUGCGUGGCCACCUGUCGUGUAGACACUGCCCUAGUGCAGCUGAGGGAACAGUCCUUCUUGGCCCCUGCCGCACAAUACGUAUUUAUAUUCACAUGUGCCUGUUUUGGGAACAGGGCCACCAGAUCACCAUGAUCAGGGGAUCACAAGAAGUACUGCCAAAGACAGAUUCUCGAGGGAACAUCGUGCGAAGUCAGUGGUCCGGGACUUCACGGAACACAACCACCAGAGCCACCUCGUUAGACGAGCCCAGAAGCAAGACCAAGGUAGAGCCCAAACCCAAGCACGCCAUCACGGUCGCUGUGUCCUCCCGGGCCCUCUUCAACAUGCUGGAUGGCAAGAAGAUCUACGAGGAAGAGGGGCUGGAAAAGUACAUGGAGUAUCAGCUCUGCAAUGAGAACGUCAUCCUGACCCCGGGGCCGGGCUUCCGCUUCGUCAAGGCCCUGCAGCAUGUCAAUGCUAGACUCCGGGAUCUGUAUCCUGAAGAACAAGACUUAUUUGAUAUUGUACUGAUGACUAAUAACCAUGCCCAAGUGGGAGUGCGGCUUAUAAACAGCGUCAAUCACUAUGGCCUGCUGAUUGACCGCUUCUGUCUGACGGGCGGGAAGAGCCCCAUCGGCUAUCUGAAGGCCUAUCUUACCAACUUCUAUCUUUCUGCGGAUUACGGAAAAGUACAAGAAGCCAUACAAGAAGGCAUCGCCUCGGCAACCAUGUUCGACGGAGGCAAAGACAUGUCUUACUGCGACACUCAGCUCCGUGUGGCUUUCGAUGGAGACUCUGUUCUCUUCUCCGAGGAGGCCGAGUUUGCUACCAAGGAGCACGGGCUGGACAAACUCUUCCAACAUGACCCACAACUUGAGAAUAAGUCUUCUCCUCAGGGUCCCUUGAAAUGCUUUCUGGAAGAAUUAGGCAGACUGCAAAAGAAGUUCUAUGCCAAAGACCAACGGUUAUGUUGCCCUAUCAGGACUUACCUGGUUACAGCCAGGAGUGCAGCCAGUUCAGGUGCCCGAGUGCUGAAAAUGCUCCGCCGCUGGGGUCUAGAGAUAGAUGAAGCCCUUUUCCUUGCUGGAGCCUCCAAAAGUCCCAUCUUGGUGAAAAUACGGCCCCACAUCUUCUUUGAUGACCGCAUGUUCCAUAUUGAUGCUGCACAGAAACUUGGCACCAGCUCAGCUCAUGUACCUUAUGGCAUUAAUCAAAAAUUGAACAAUUAG